AUGGCAUGCUUGACUUACAAUCGUCUUCUUUGUGCGGCUGUAUUUAGUGCAUUGGCUGGCAACGAAGAACAAGUCUACGGUCCGACUCUGGAAAUUAUCAUGCAUACUAUGGACUCCGGACAAGUACGUUCCUCUCAGUCUUCCUACCGAUAUUUUACUUUACAAAGUAUCAUCUGCAACGGGAAAAAUUUGGCAAUCACGACGACAUACCCUCAAGCGGCGUAA